CUCAUAUCAAUUUGCCCCUCUAAAAAAAUGAAGUCCCAAUUCCCCUUUUCUAUCAUCACUCGAGUGGCAAUUGAUGCAAAACCCUGGUCACCCUCCCUAACUCCUAAAACCCGAGUUCUUUUGUUUCCCCCCAGAACGAAUUACCCAUGACAAUGGCGUUAAUCGAGCUUCUCCUCUCUCAAGGACGUCAUCACUGCUCUAGAAACGCCCCAUUUCCCAUAGCUCCCGUAAUCCGUCUUCAUUUUCAAAGAUUUCUCUCUUCUGCAACUGAAUCACCUCCUACCGUCAAUCCAUUUCCAAAACCAGACGAUAGAAAGCCAGCGAUCCAAAUACAACCAGUUUCCUACAAACCUAAAGAUCCUCAUGAGACCGUUUCCAAUGACUCCUCUAAAACUGUUCCGCAUCCCAUUUCAUACAAUACAAAAAGUCCGGCUGACCCCAAUGCUCCCGAGGGCCCGAUUAACCCGGACGGUCAGACAUGGACACGAGAGGAUCUUCGGUACAUGAAGAAUGUGCCGACGAUAUCUUCCGGUUCGUACCCUACACGCGUGGCCCCUUUGCCUGAAGACCGGGUUAUGACAGAGGGCGAGGGUCAUCAUCAGGAAGAGAGAAAGGAGAGAGGCGAUGAGGAGCUGGAGAGAGAGAGCAGGAGAAUCCAGUUCGAGAAACGGCUCGCGGCUACUAAUAUGAUGGAGUCCCAAAUGGUUCCUUUUCCGACCUUAAUUAAGGUGGAGAAUGAAAUGGCCAAAGUGAAAACUGUUUUUGAUCUCAAGGAGGCAAUUCGCCUAGUAAAGUCUAAUGCAAGGACGACAUUUGAUGAGACUUUGGAAGCACAUGUUAAAUUGACUCCAGAGAUGCGUCGAAGUGACCUGAAACUUGAUGGUGCUGCACGACUUCCUCAUGGUUGGGGAAAGAAAUUCAGAGUUGCUGUCUUUGCUGAAGGAGCGGAUGCAGAUGAAGCCCGAGCAGCAGGAGCUGAUGUUGUUGGUGGUUUGGAGCUUAUCCAGAAUAUAAAAAAUGGCAGUGUGAAGAUCGAUUUUGACAAGUGUUUGUCCACUCAUUCAAUGAUGCCAAAUUUGAGACAGAUUGCAAAGUAUUUGAGGCAGUUGAUGCCAGACACUAAAAAAGGUACUGUGACAAAAGAUGUUUCCAAUGCAGUAAAAGAAGCAAGGGAUCAAGGCGUUCUUUUCAAAAAAGACAAAACAGCCAUUGUCCAUGUUGGCCUAGGGAAGAUGAGUUUUCCAGAAGAUGCUCUCUGUGAAAAUGUUGGUGCAUUUGUGAAUGCCCUUUUGCUUGCGAAACCUGCUGGCUUGAAAAAGAGUUCAAAAUACGCGGGUUAUGUGAAUACGUUCCAUAUAUGCAGCACUAUGGGUCCCGCAUUUCAGGUUUCAAUACAAUCAUUAUCCAUAGCAGCAGAUCGUCACACAAGAAGUCACAUGCAAUGAUCCUGUGUAUUUACUUUGAAAUGUUGCAUUUCAUGUGUCUCAAUUCCCUGUAGCUCAUUUGAUUCCGAGUACAAAAACGAUAUUUGUUUUAUAUAUGAGGAGGAUGGUAUGAGUUUAAUAUUGAUACCCUUCGUUUACUUUUACAAUUACUAUAUUGAUAUAUAUUGUGUUUGUGUCUGUCGGUGUGUUUUUGUUUGUGAUAACAAAAAGUUAACACCGACUUGGAGGGAAACUACAUUGGAUUUGACAAAAAAGUUUUGUACUUUUCAUUUUAUGAAACUACGGUGUUUAUCUUUAUA